AUGAAAACCUACGUAUAUGUGCUCUAUUACCUUAAGUUAUUGGUGAAUAAAGCAGCAAAUGCUAUCUACCAAGGAAUCAACCCAUACCUUGACAUAAAAAAAUACAGUGAAGAAGCUCUUAAACAAAUACAAUGGCACAGAAACUUAUCCGAUGACUGGUACGUUAAAGAUGAUAACAUCGUAAACGAUUCCGGUGCUACAAUAAAAGAAGUGGAGCAUAGAAUUAAUCGAGGAGAAAUAUCCAUUGGGGGCCAAUGUUACGAUGGAGACAAACAUGAUGACUUGAGAAAUUUGUUCGUUAAAUUAAUAGAUGAGCUCUUCUUUUCAAAUUAUGGAGAAUGUCUAGAAAUGGAAAAAAAGUUAUAUCUUUCUACACAAGCUUUUCUAAAAAAAUUGCAAGAUGAUAUAAACGAGGAUUUUGAAGCCAUUCUCCAUGUGGUCAGACAUCACAUAAAAAAUUUCUUUAAAAAGACAAGUGCACAUAAUCAGCAAGAAUUGGAAAAAAUAACAGGAAUAGAUAUGAACCUGAGAAUUAAUGACGAAGGAAAUUUACUAUUUAAUAACAAAAAUUUACAUCACUUCCUCGCUUUUACGAAAUUAGAAUUAAAUAUAGAUUUAGAGCAAGAAUAUUCAACAUUUGAAAAUUACUCCCUCAUUAGUGACAUUGAACGUGUUUACAUUGACCUUGCUAUUGAAAUUUCCAAAGUAGAAGAAGACAUUGCAAAAUAUUUGAAUUCAACUUUACAUAGAUUUCCUCUCAAGUAUUACCGUGAUGCCAAUGCCUUUGCAGUUAUGUUCCAAAGUAAUGCUAUGAUAAUCCUAGAAGAUAAUUUACACGUUAAUCUGUAUCAUAAAUAUGUAGAGCAAAUGGAAAAAUCAAACGCCAAUUUCCGGAUAGAUAUUAAGCCAAUAGAUUCGUUACUCCAAGAUAUGCUUAGCAUACUAAAUCACACCAUUGACUACAAUGUACAUGCACUCUUUGUAAAACUAAAUAAACACCUAAAUGGAGACCUAAAAUCUCUCAUAGCAUUCUUUCUUUAUUUAUUUAAUAUAGAAAAAUUUAGAAAUCAUGACAUUAUAAAAUCUAUAGAAGAAAAAAGUGAAGACUUAGAAGAAAGUAAAAUUAUGUCCAAUAGUUAUAACUUAUUUAUGAUAGAAAAAAAUGACAUCAACAUUGCAGAAAUCAAAUUUAAAAUUUUUGUAAAAAAUAAAUUUGAUUUCAAUGUAGAUGAUAAAAAAGUUCGAUCUCUGGAAAAAAAACUUUACGACAUUUACCAAAAUAAACACCUCGUAGAAGCCUUCAAUCUAAUUGCUUACCAAAUAUUAAUCAAACGGAUCGUCAAAGAUUAUGCAAACUUUGUGGAACAGCUUAAAAAAACUUCCUACAGAUAUCAACCACUUUUUAAGAAAGUGAUAGACCUAUUUCCUCUUCGAAGAGAUGAAAACAUCCUCAUCAUUCCAAGAAAAAAAUAUGACAAAUUGGUGAAGGACUAUAUCAAAAUUAAGGACAACAGUAAUUUCCAUUUUAACAUCCUGGGUGGUAAUCAAAACAUAUCUAAUUCUUUAUUUCGUCUAAAAAGGCAAAUGAACAAAAUUAAAAUUAUGAUUAAAAUUUUAAUGGGCCUCAAUGAAGAGAUGACUACCCUGAAGGACGUUUCGAAGCUCACUCCCGGCGAAAAGGAGCGCAAUAAAAAGGCUAUUCUUUUUUAUGUCCGUUUAAUUAGGGAGUUCAAGGAUGACUGGUUUUAUUAG